CUGAAGUUGUCACUAGAAAAUGGCUAUCUCCAGUCAGGAUAUUUCAGAAGAGUUACAAGAACAUAUAACCAAGAUUCUACAGCCAAAGAAAGUAGAGUUUAUGAAGCAAGUGAAAACAACAGUGAAAUGUAAAUCAGAAGAAAAAAUAUUGGCUUGUACAGCGUGGCGAGCGUUCUUGUUGCCCAACCGGAUUCCUACUAAGGUGGAAAGUUCCUUCAGCUACUUGGAAAUCAAUGCAAUUCAUGCUGCUGAUCACAGUCAGGUUGUCAUAGAAACGGAGAGAAGUUCAUACACUCUAAAACUUAUGUCAUUUGAAGAUCUCGAACAAGUAGUUACCCAUGUCACUGCAUCACUCAAAAAGAUUUUUCCGGACUCAUCACCCAGGAAGUUGCUCAAGAAUUCGCCUGAGUUACAUGAAAGAAUCAAAGGAAUCACAUUGGCAAUGGAGGAAGAGACUGGCUGUAACCAGGGACCAUGUGGUGGCUACUCGGAAAUGUACGCUGCAUUGUGUGAUUACAAUGGAUUUCUCUUCAAAGAAGAGAUCCAGUGGGAUGUAGAUACCAUCUACCACAGUCAGAACACCAAGGAAUUUAACCUUCUAGACUUCAGCCACUUGGAUUCAAGAGAUAUCUCAUUGAGUGUGGCAGCCUUGGCAUUCAACCAGUGGUUUACAAAACUUUUCUCCAAGGAUUUGCGACUGAGCCCUGAUGUGAUUGAACAGAUCUUGUAUGUAAUCAGUUUGUCCACGAAACUAGAGGAGCUGGUUUUAGAAAAUGCUGGACUUAAGUUUGAUACAGCACAGAAAAUAGCACAGGCUCUAGAAGAGAAUGUGAAUCCAGCACUUCACACAAUAAAUCUAUCCAACAAUCAACUGGAGGACAAAGGAGUAUCAGCACUCAGCCAACAGUUUGAAAAGCUAGCCAAGGGUCUGAAGUCCAUCAACUUCUCCAGAACUUCACUGGCUGCAAAAGGUCUUAACUCUUUGGCUCAGUCAUUAGUUGCUAAUGAAACAUUUGCGUCCUCUCUUGUUCACCUGGAUCUUUCUGGGAAUCCUGGGAUCUUAGCUGUUGAAGACAAUUGUAAUUUUUAUGCAUUCCUUGCUCGUCCAAAUGCACUGGUUCACCUGGAUCUGGCUGGCACUGAUUGUGCCCUGGACUCUCUUUUUGGAGCACUGAAUCAAGGCUGCUGUACAUAUCUGACCUCUCUGAUUCUCAACCGAAAUGUUAUUUCGCACAAAAAAGCAAAGGAAAUCCCUUCUUCGAUGAAACAGUUCUUCAGCACCUGUUUAUCCUUGAAGUGUAUCACACUGUCUGGUAUUAAGCUACCACUAGAAGCAGUAAGAGCCAUUCUUCAAGGCCUGGCCUACAACACUCAUGUCUGUGAUGUGCACUUGGAUCUUAGUAACUGUGAGCUGAGAUCAGCAGGUGCUCAGGUGAUCCAGGAUCAUAUUAUCGACGCCAGUUCUAUCAGCAGUCUGGAUUUAUCGGACAAUGGGUUUGACUCUGACAUGGUAACAUUGGUCUUAUCUAUUGGGAGAAGCAAAUCUAUCCGACAUGUAGCACUUGGGAAAAAUUUCAGUAUAAAAUCAAAAGCUUUGGCAGAUGUUCUUCACAGGAUUGUCCAGCUUAUCCAGGAUGAAGAAUGUCCCCUCCAGUCGCUGUCGGUCGCAGAUUCACGAUUAAAAUCUGGAGCAAAUGUUCUCAUUAAUGCUCUGGGCAGCAACACCUGCCUGAAAAAGGUUGAUGUCAGUGGAAAUGCCAUGGGAGACAUUGGAGCAAAGAUGUUGGCCAAAGCUUUGCAGAUUAAUACAACUCUUGAAACUGUGAUCUGGGACAAGAAUAAUACAACAGCAGUGGGAUUCCUGGAUGUUGCAAGGGCUCUAGAAAGGAAUUAUACACUGAGGUCAAUGCCUUUACCGAUGAGUGACGUAUCCCAGGCUUGUCGUAGCAACCCGGAGAAAACUGAGGAAGCUCUGCAGAAGGUGCAAUCUUACCUCCUUCGAAACAAUCAGAUGAAGAAAGUUUCUCCAGAGCAGGCUUUUCGACUUCAGGAAAGAAUUGUAACAAGUUCCACACAACAAAUGGUGGACGGUAUGUGUGAGAAAGUGCAAGAAUAUUUGCACAUUAUUAAUAAUGGAUCUGAAAAAGAAAAGCAAGAAGAUAUAAUAUUUGCUGAAGAAAUCAUUAAGGAUGCCAAGACAUUAACCACACUUUUACCAGCCUUGUAUCAAAUGGGUAACACACCACCAUUCCUAAAGACAGUACAGGGAAAGCUGGAAUCAGCUGCUGAGGAGGUCUCAAAAGGUGUAACUGAAGAAAUCGAGACAAUCAUUCAGUCGCUGCUGAAAUCCACCGGUAUCCUGUGUCCCACUCUUCUACAGAAAGUCAACAUGCAGGAACAGCUCAUCAGCAACGUAUCUGACAAAAUAUUCAACCCCAAGAACUUUGCAAGGAGCAUGAUUAUUGAUCAAACAGGAUUAGGGAUCAUGAACAAGCUCAGUGAAGUGAAGCUCCAUGUCACUACUGCCUUGAUCAGUCAAAUUGUGGACCAUGUUCUGAAGGACCUCGCAAUUGCUCAGCAGAAGCUUGCAUGUUAUGCAACAAAGCCACUAUGUGAAACAGAUGCAAAUGUCACAAGUGUAGAAACUUUGGAGGAAGAAAUCAUCAGCAACAAAACUAAUGUUUCAUUGAAUAUCCCUGAUGUCUUGGCUCCAAUUGAGAGUCUCUCUCUACUUCGUAGGAAGACGAUACACGCUAAUAAAAACAGGCCAACUACACUUUUGAAAAGCAUCUCGGACGUAGAGGUCGAAAGGCCAGCUGAAGAAGAACCUACUGCGGCCAUGACAGAGCUACUGACAGUCGGUGUAUAUCCUGCCAAGUCACGUCCAGCCUCCGCAGAAACGAGUGCUGUAAAUGGCACAAAUACUGAGAAGGCUUGCACAGACAGCCUGGCCGAUCUGCCAACACAAGGGAUGAAACUGCAGCACUGCACCCGGGAAAGGCCAAGGCCAAACCGGACCAGGAAGCGGCCUCCCGCCAAGCCUUCAGUGAAAUCUGAAGACCAGGAAAAGAGAGAGAACGCAACCAAGCUGGAUGAUGGACUGGAAGAAUUCUUCAGGAAUAAGACAGUAUGUGAGGAAACCAGUGAGCGUAACCAAGAAGCAAAGACUCGUUCCCUGGCAAAGUUGACUCAUCCAAAUGCAGAUGAAAUCGCGUUGUCGAAACUCCAGCCUGCGAAGCAAGAGGAAACAAGCACCUCAACAUCGAUCCUUUCAAAAACUAAAAAGAGAUGUACCAAAUUCAGUGACCUGUUUGUCUUCAAGAAAGGAAAGAUCAAUAAAAUGCAAAAGGCAGGGAGCGAUCCAGAGGAAAACCAGCAGAAGGGCAAGAAGAUUUCAUCCCUGGAUUUCCUGAAACUGCACUGUAAAUCCGAUGAGGCGCCUGGCCAAGCUAAACCACAAGAGGGCAGUGCUGAACCAAACAAGGAAGAGGAUUUUCGCAGACGGGAACCGUCAUCACGAGGGGUCAAAGCGCACUCACUAAUUCUGUUGCCUCAUAACAGCAGUAAUUUGUCAGUUCAUGCUUUGGAAUUUAAUUCAGAUCUCAGUGAAGGAAAGCUGCUGUUCAGAUCUGAGGAGCACAUACACCAGGCACUAGCUGUAGCCAAUCUGAAGACAAUCCCCUCCGACCCCCAGAUGAAUCUGAGUAUAAAAUCGGAGUUAGAAUUAACCAAUUUUAAAGGAAUAGCCGGAGAAAACAAACCACAGCCUCCACCUCAGUCUCUUAAACGUGUUGUGCAAGCCAAUAUAGCCAAGGCCUCUGCGAGUCAAAAAGCAGACAAAGAAGGGAAUUUUGAAGGACAACUAUCCUCAGAAGCCAAGAAUGCAGAAUUUGGUGGUGAAGAAGAAACUAAAAAACAAGAAAUUACAUCAGGAAGGAACCAGAAAAUUCUGCUCCCUCCUCCUCGAACAAAACUCCUGAAAAAACGUAAUACAGAACAGAAUGUAAAUCCUGUUCCACUUCCCAGAAAACUCAUUGUAUCACAAAGCAGUUUAACUCUCGAUGAAGCUCGCAGCCUUGAAACGUGUGUAACAUCAAAAUCUGGAGAAUGAAUGCAGGAACAGAUGAUUAGAGGAACUACUGUUUCAUCAUGACACUCAGGUUGUAGCUUACUGACUUGUUUUAAGAGUACCAUAGUACAACCUAAUAUAAAGCAAUCCAAGAAGAGGAAGAAGUAUUCCGACAUGCAGGAAUGUGUAUGCCCAUUUUUUUUCUUAAAUGCAAGGAGGAAGAUUAAAUGGACUGUGAAAUGGCUUGUGGCUCACUUGUUAAAUUUUGUUUGAUUAUGUGCCUUUAACCUACCUUGUGACAUUUUGAUAUUCUGAAAAUGUUAUGUAAAUUCGUUUUUUAAGUUACUUAUGUGAAAUCACACAUUGAUAAUAUUCCAGACAUCUAAAGAUAUUGUUUAUAUGUUGAAUAAAUAAAACAAUGAAA